UGUCAUGUGACGACUGAGUCAAAAACAGCUUCAAAACCUUCAGACUCUUUACAUUCAGACAGUCAUUCACUUCUUUGUUACUGUGAAUGUUUGCGAAGCAGCGUGAACACACGACAUAGCUAUAUGUUUACAAGUUGGACUCAUUGGAUAAAUCCAACCAGGUUGUAGGAGGAGUAUGCAGUACAGAGCUGUCUGUUAAUAAUUGAACUCAUUCUGCCUGUCUCCGUCCUCUGCUCAUAAUGACGCUGCAGAUGGGGAUCUUGUGUCUGGCUCUGUUGGGCCUGAGCUCAGCGCUGGUCUGUCCGGAUGGAGGCAUGUGUGAAGACAAAAACACCUGCUGCAAGAACACUUUGGGAGGAUACGGAUGCUGUCCACUACCUCACGCUGAGUGUUGUUCAGACCAUCUCCACUGCUGCUAUGAGGGGACGGUUUGUGAUCUCGUCCACGCCAAAUGUGUUAAUAAAACCGUGUCCCUACCCUGGAUGAGACGCGUUCCCACCAAACAGGCUCUGCUCGGCCCUCAGGUAACGCUCGGGGAGAGAGUGAAAGCAGUCAUUUGUCCGGACAAGGAGUCUGAAUGUCCGGAUGACACCACUUGCUGCCAGCUUCUUGAUGGUUCCUGGGGCUGCUGUCCAUUACCUAAGGCGGUGUGUUGUGAGGAUAAACUCCACUGUUGCCCCGGGGGAACAAAGUGUGAUCUUGCUCACUCAAAGUGUGUGUCUGCCUCGAUGGAGUCCUUCCCCAUGCUGCAGAAACUGCCUGCCAGGAGGAGGGAGAAUAAUCCAGUGACAUGUCCUGGUGGGAAAAGCAGCUGCCCAGAGAGUUUUACAUGUUGCCUGCUAACCAGUGGAGACUACGGCUGCUGCCCUUACACAGAGGCCAUGUGCUGCAGCGAUCAUAUCCACUGUUGCCCUAGCGACACCAUAUGUGACCUGGAGCAUGGGAUCUGCAAGUCUGGUGACACCAGCGUGCCACUGCUGAAGAAGAUUGCUGCCGUACCCAAUGACGUUGAUUGUCCAGACAAGAAAUCAGCAUGUCCUGACGAGACAACAUGCUGCCAGAUGACCAACGGCACAUAUGGCUGCUGUCCGAUGCCCAAUGCCGUCUGCUGUUCAGAUCACGCCCACUGUUGUCCUGAAGGAACAGAGUGUGACCUCUCCCACAGCACCUGUGUGUCCGCCCGGGGAGAGAACACCAUGACCCCGAAGAUCUCCGCUGUUGCCACGGAGCUGGUGGCCGUUCAGAGCAAAGUCGGUGAAGUUCCCUGCAACGACUCCGCGGCCUGCGCUGACGGAAACACCUGCUGUAAAUCGCCAGUGGGAGAAUGGGCCUGUUGUCCGCUACCUAAGGCCGUGUGUUGCGAGGACCACCUGCACUGCUGCCCCCACGGCACCACAUGUAACCUUGCAGCCUCCACGUGCGACGAUCCCUCAGGCAGCACCGUGAUGCCCUGGCUCAGCAAAGUGCCCGCCUUCCCCUUACUGACCGAUAACGGCAAGUGUGACAAGACUACGUCGUGCCCUGGGAAAUCCACCUGCUGCAAGACGGAAAGCGGAGGCUGGGCCUGCUGUCCUCUUGCGCAGGCUGUGUGCUGUGACGACCACGUCCACUGCUGCCCUCACAGUACAGUCUGCAACCUGGAGGCUGAAAGUUGUGACGACCCAUUGGGCUUCUUACCUUCCCUCCGCUGGGUGGAGAAGGUGCUGGCUCUGACCGCGGAGGUGGAGGAUGAGAAAUGUGACAAGCAAACGAUGUGUCCAGGAGGCACCACCUGCUGUAAUAAAGGCUCGGGACAGUGGGCCUGCUGCCCCUUACCUCAGGCCGUGUGCUGUAACGAUCAUGAGCACUGCUGCCCCAAAGGCUACAAAUGUAACGUGGCUGAACAGGCGUGCGACAAACCCGGUGACCUCAGCCUGCCCUGGCUGCAGAAGAUACCGGCCCUGCAGAAAGAGCCCAGUCGGGCUGUUUCCAGUCCAACUCUUCGGGCCAGGAACAUGUGUGACGCCCAGACCAGCUGCCCCAGAGAUACGACCUGCUGCUUCAUGGAGAAGACCCACAAAUGGGGCUGCUGCCCUCUGCCGAACGCGGUGUGUUGUAGUGAUGGAAACCACUGCUGCCCCAGCGGUCACACCUGUGAAGCUGACCGCUCCUCCUGCUCAAAGGGCCCCCAUGUUGUCAUACCCUGGUUCAGCAAGCUGAGCGCUCUGACCGAGCCGGGCGCCGUGACGGACGUUAAAUGUGACGACAAAAGCAGCUGUGCUGCCGGAACGACCUGCUGUAAACUGCAGACAGGAGAGUGGGGCUGCUGCCCGCUGGUCAAGGCGGUGUGCUGUGCGGACCACGAGCACUGCUGUCCUCAGGGCUACGCCUGCAACAUGCAGACCGGAACGUGCGAGAAGAAGGACCACGACGCGCUCAUCCUCAGCCUCCCUCAGAGCAAAGUGGUACGGUCCGAGCCGAGAGACACCGAGGGCGACGCGGACGUUCCCUGCGACGGCACGGGGGAGUUUCACUGCCCCGAGCAGGACACGUGCUGCAAGGUGUCAGCCUCAGAGUGGGCCUGCUGCCCCUCCCCCCGGGCGGUGUGCUGCUCCGACUCAAAGCACUGCUGUCCUGCAGGAUACUCUUGUGACCUGAAGGCUGGAGGUUGCAGCCUGCACCCCCAGCUGACCUGGGACACUUUGAUUGGGGAAAACAGAAAGAAAGACUUUGUCCGACACGGACUUUAAUCCCACUCAAAGGUGCGGUAAUCUUCUUCCGUCUUGAUCCAUAACAUUUAUCUACAGCUCAUGUUGUCUAAAGACAAUACAGGCUUUCUGUUUUCUCAUUCACAGAAGUGUAUUUACCAAGUGUGGAGGAGACUCGGUGGCAAUGAAGACAUUAUAAUGAAUUAAAAGCAAUUUUGUACCUUAACUUGAAGUAAAAAAAACAAGUAUUUUCAUGUUUUGCACCAAGCAACGCUCACUUCUUGGAAAUCAACAUGUAGAUGAUACAAUGUGGAAGCACCGUGACUUACGAUAUAACGGAUAGCGUUGGUUUGAUUCUAUAUUUUUCUUAUUGUCAACAUGUCCCAUGCAAAGAUCAAAUGUUAGUCAAUCUCUCUCUCUCAAUUAGGCAUGGGCCGGUUACCGUGUUCAAGGUAUACCGCGGUUUGAAAAAGUCCUGGUUUCAAAACCACUAACAUUUUCUGUCCUAGCGUUCCUAAGGUAUGCGCUGUUUUUUAUGAGUGGACAGAAGGACAGGAAGUGCAGUUUAGAAAUCCAUUUCCCUGCCACUGUGCAGUGUGAUAUAAAAAAAAGAAAUCCAAUACAUUGUGUUCAAUGGGGAAAAAAAUGUUUUUUUACCCAGAUAUAAAAGAAAUGUGUGUGAUUGAGUCAAAAUAAAAUACAGUGUGUGUUCAUGGGAAGAACGAAGAAGCUAUAUCUUUAUUACACACACAAUACAUGUUAGCAGAUACAUGCAGUAUUGAUUUUGGUCUUUUCGUGGGAUUCAUUGACAUUAAGAAACCUACAAUAUCACAAGUUUUAUCCUUGAAGGCCGCUUGGUUGUUUUUGGAUGAUUGCCCUGUUCCAUUUCUCUAUGGAAAAAGAGAAACUUAUAUCCAGUUUAUAUCCUGUACUUGCAGCCCUGUUGUGGGCAACAUUUGAUCAGUUAACUCCCUAUUUGGUCGAAGGUGUUUCUAAGAAUAGUUCUGUUCCUCUUUAUGGCCCCACUUGGAAGGAGGAAGCAGCAUUUCCUUGUUUAUUGCUUCAUGGGCACAAGUUUUUGGCUGUUAAUCUGCUCGCCUGUGGAGGCCAUUUUUAUUUCAUCUUUACUCGGUCUGUGAUUUAUUGAAAAGGCCCUGGAUAAACGGUGGUGAUUGGUUAAAAGUUGGGUGUACAAGUUUUAUUUAAGUUUUUGCUACACACUUACCGGUAAUUGGAGCACAAUAAAACAAUAACCGACCAUACGAAUAGCUCAUGCCUUCUCUGAUUUUACUGUAAGAAAAUCCAUUCCAACACUGGAAAAGAACAAACCAUGCCUUUUUUGUUUUCGGGCAUUUUGGGGGCGGUUGAGUGAAGAUUUCUGUUGACAGCCGAGAAAUAAGAGCCAAGCCUUCUUAAUGUCGUGAGGAAACCAAUCCAGGGCUCACUCCAUCAGCAGAGGACCAAAAGUGACUCUGAUCUGGUUUGGAGCUUUUAAACUACACAGGUUAACUUGUAUGUCUACGUUUUUUUUGUGUGUGUGUUCAGUCAUUUCAAUUGCAGCAGCUGUAGAUACAUGUUGUCAUCGAGAGACUUUUGAAGUUUCCAAACACUGAAAGUUGUAGAAAUACUGCUCUUGAAUUGUGUAAUUGGGUGGAUGUUUUCACAGAGCUGUUUGUAAGCCAUUAGGGAAAUUGUAAUUUCAUUAAAAAUCCACUUUUUAUGAAUAAAGACUGGACCCAGAUUGAAAAUAAAUUGCCUGAACAUGUGCCCACCAUCCACAUCAUGUUGUCACUGCUACUUUUAGAUACUCAUCAUGAAUGUGUGUUUUGUUUUUUCUUGCUGUGAUUUUUGAUAUUUUUGCGGCCUUUCGAGGAAGAUAUCACUCCGAAGAGGGAAAAUAAAGUUAUUCAAAUAAA